UAAUGUCAAAACUUCUGUAUAGAUUCGUUGAUUUCGUUCAAAACACACCGAUUUUUCUUCAGACUAAUCGUAUUUUUAUAGACAUGUCUAAAAGAAAUAUUUACAACAAAAUUCAUCGGAUACGAUCCGAUAAGGUUCCUCGAAAUAAAUCAAAACCGGGAUUUAUACCCAAUAUGGAGAAAGUGCAGGUUCUCUCUGAACCAAUUAAAUCUGUGUCGGACAAAAAGCAUUACAAAACAAUUCGCCUUGAGAAUGGUUUAACUGCUCUACUUAUAUCAGAUCCGAGUAAAGUUGUUGAUAAUGAGAACAGUUCAAGUGAAGAAGAAACUAGCGAAUCAGAUCAAACUGGUUCUGAUAGUGAUGGGGCACGGUCUGUGCAGUCUGUAGCUAGUGAUCAACAUAACACUAAGAGACGUAGCGAAUUUGAUGAAGAAAAAUUGGCUGCCUGUGCCCUCUGCGUAGGUGUGGGGAGUUACAGUGACCCUGCAGAUAUACAAGGAUUGGCGCACUUCGUCGAGCAUAUGGUGUUUAUGGGAAGUGAAAAGUAUCCAAAAGAAAAUGAAUUCGACGCCUUUAUCAAGAAAAAAGGUGGUUCUGACAACGCGUCAACUGACUGCGAAGUUACAACCUUCUAUUUUGAAAUAUCUGAGAAGCAUCUUUCGAGUGCGAUGGAUAUGUUCAGCCAGUUCUUUGUCAGCCCUCUGAUGUUGAAAGAAGCCAUGCAAAGGGAAAGAGAGGCUAUUGAAUCUGAAUUUGCGAUAGCUUCACCAUCCGACUCCAAUCGUAAAGACCAAUUGCUGUCAAGUAUGUUUCCUGAGGGUCACCCAGCAAGGACCUUCACUUGGGGAAACCUUCGGAGCCUGAAGGAGGAUAUACCUGAUGAUGACAAACUCUAUCAGGCUGCGCACGAGUUCCGAAGACGUCAUUACAGCGCGCAUAGGAUGACUGUUACUGUACAAGCUCGUAUGGACCUCUCAUCCCUAGAGGGGCUAGUGGCCAAGACGUUUGGUCAAAUUCCGACCAAUAAUCUACCGUCAGAUAAUUUUAAGGAGCACUUGUUUAAUCCCAAUAAUAUCACUAGUGAUUUUACUAGUAUAUACUAUGUGAAACCCGUUAGUGAUACAACUGAGGUACAAUUGACAUGGUUAAUGCGAUCUUUAAUAACGGAAUACGAAUCGAAACCGCAUCAAUAUAUUUCAUAUCUUUUAGGACACGAGGGGAAAGGCAGUUUACUGUCGUAUCUUAGAAAAAAAGUUUGGGCUUUGGGUAUUUAUACUGGCAACUCUGAAAGUGGCAUAGACUAUACUUCAAUAUACAGUCUGUUCUCAACUCAAGUUAUACUUACAAAGGAUGGAUUAGAUCACAUUGACGAAGUUUUAGAAGCAAUAUUCUCUUAUAUAAAUAUGCUUAGAAAACUUGGUCCUUCGGAACGGAUAUUUGAAGAAAUUAAGACUAUAGAAGAGACAAGUUUCCGUUUCGAAGAGGAAUCGCAACCGGCGGAAUAUGUGGAAUCUCUGGCCGAAAAUAUGCAGAAUCUACCCCCAAAACACUAUAUUACUGGAGACCGCCUCUACUAUAAAUAUGACCCAAAGGGUAUAACAGAAUUAUUGGAAUGUAUGACACCGGAUAAAGCUAAUGUAAUGAUUUUGUCGAACAAACACUCAACACCCAUUCCAUACGAUGCCAAAGAGAAGUGGUUCGGCACAGAAUAUAAAAGGAAAGAAAUCCCAUCCACCUGGAUGCACCGAUGGCAAACAGUUAAGCCGUUUAAGCAAUUCCAUCUGCCCGAUAAAAACAUUUACAUAACUGACAACUUUAGCUUAGUACCGCCAGCGUUGCCUUACUUAGAAGAAGCUGAACGAUUAGGAAUCGAUUUGAUGACAAGCUCAAUAAAGGAUAUAAAUAAGAAGAUAGAAGGCACUACGAAAACUUCUAAAAUUCUUAAGGAAGGUGAUCUGAUAGCUACUGUACAGGAGUUUAGAUUGGACCAGCCUAACUUAAUACGUAAAAACAGACAUAUGGAGUUAUGGUACAAACCAGAUUUUAAGUUCCGGUUUCCGACUGCAUUACUCUAUUUCUACUUCAUAACGCCACUCAGCUUGAAGUCGCCGAGGGAGUCGUGCCUUUUAGAUCUUUGGACUGAUGUUUUACAACAAGGCCUUAAGGAAGAAGUGUACCCUGCCAACAUGGCUGAUCUCUCCCAUUCCUUAUAUGUUGGAGACAAAGGCCUAACGCUAAAAGUCAAUGGUUACAGUCAGAAUUUACAUCUUCUCGUCGAACUAGUGACUCGUGAAAUGCGUACAAAUACGGAUAAUUUAACAUUAGAGUUGUUUGAGGCCGUGCGUGAAGUACGUGCGCGUACGUAUCACAACGUACUCAUUAAACCACACAAGUUGGCCAAGGACGUUAGAAUGAACGUGUUGCUGGAACCAUACGUGUCGCCACGGGAGAAGGCAAUCGUCAUACAAAAUAUAACCUUGGAUGACCUAAAAGACUUCACUGAUAGGUUGCUAGACAAGUUAUACGUACAGGUGCUAAUGCAAGGCAAUUUGGCGUGGACAGAUGCCAUUAAAAUAUCGGAAAAUGUGCUUCAAAAUAUAAAAUGGGCAGGUCUGCCCGAAAAAGAAUUACCAGAAAUUAAAGUCCACGAGUUACCACUGGGCGAGCGAGUGAUCCGAGUGAUGAGUCUAAACCCGGCCUCUACCAACAGUAUAGUUACUAAUUACUACCAGGGUGCUGCGGCUAACAUCAAAGAUACGGCCACACUUGAAGUGCUUAUGAUGCUGAUGGAAGAGCCGGUCUUCGAUGUCCUACGCACAAAGGAGCAAUUGGGUUACAGCGUAUUCUGCAUGUUACGGUAUACCUUCGGGGUUCUUGGCUACUCCGUCACAGUCAAUGCGCAGAGGGAUAAAUUCAGUGUGGCACACGUUGACACUCGGGUAGAGGUGUUCCUAAAGAAAUUCAGCCGAGACAUGAGGAAGCUAAGCGACAAGACACUGUCUGCUGUCAAACAAUCGCUGGUCCAACUCAAACAUACCACCGACUACGAACUCAAGGAGGAGGUGGAAAGGAAUUGGAGAGAAAUCAUAGGCGGCGAAUACCGGUUUCAGAGAUUAUUUAGUGAGGCUGACGCCAUCGAGAAAGUCAGGGUAUCGGACAUCAAGAGUUGGAUCGAAAACAAUUUCUCAACGGGCAACCGAUCACACUUUAGAAAGUUGUCUGUUCAAGUAAUGGGCCAUCUCCCCAACAAAGACGGUAACAUUACUGAAAGUAAUGUCAAAGAAAGUUCCCUGGAAUACUUAGACGCGUCACAACCGGUCGGUGACACAUCGGAGAAUGACACAGAAUUUAUAACAGAUAUUCACGAAUUUAACCAACACCUGCCUUUUGUUCCGGUACAGAGAGUUGAAUUAGCUCAAUGCUAACAUAAAAAUAUGGGAACUGGGAAUGUAUAUUUAUAUUUUGCUAUUGUUUUUGUGUAGAUAGAAACGUUACUAUACAAAUUAUUAUAUUAUAAUUAUACUAUACAAUAUACAUAUGUAUAGGCCUGUAUCAAUAAAACUUAUACAGCCUAUAUGAGAUCACAUACGAUUGCGUAUUUGUAUACAAAGUAAUUAGUAAUGUAGCGCGCAAUAAUUAAUGAAUAACGAGACUUGCUUGCCUUAAAUUGUUUAUAAUAAUAUAUAGAGGCCUUUAUUAAAUAUUCAUGUAAUAGAUUAAUACCGAUAUCAAAUAUAGAUAAUAUUGUAUACAACAAUCCAAAGGCAAUAAUCACUAACUCCAUAUACUAGUGUGAACCGAUUUUUCGAAUCUUGGAAUUUUUGCACUGACAGUUGGUGAAGUAUUGGUAAGAAAUAUUGUGUGAGAGAGUGUUGUUGUUGCCCCGAAUUCUAUGGACAAAUGACAAUGUCAAGUUAAAUACGGUUUUGACGUAUGGGAUUAUAACGACAUUUUGACUAAUCUAGAUACAAGAGCUGUAUAAUAUUGACAUGGAUGCCCCCAAAGUUUAAUAGUUCCUGGGUCCCGAUAGAUAAAUUUUUAACAUAGUGAAAUCUCUAAAGAUACUUUUAUUACGUCCUUUGAGUACUAAUAACAUAUUUCCAUUUACAUAUGUAUGUAGCAAUCAUAAAAAAAAAUGAUACAAUUAAUGAUGAAAUCUAGAGAUCGAUUCUUCGUACAUUUCGCUAUUUAGUGUUAGGUUUUGUUAUGUAAUUUACGUACUUAAAGUAUCAGAGCGUCUGUAACAGAAAUAUCAACUGGGAAAUUUGACGGCUCAGUGUCAGUCGGUGACGUCACAUGUGUGGCGAAAAAAUAUUUAAAUAAAAAUUUGGUAUUACUAUUAGUGCGUCUGUAUAUUUAGUUGUUUGACUACAAAAUAUGAUGUUCUAUUUAUAAUUACAUAUUAUGUUUUUUUGAAUUAAAAAUUUAC